UCUGUCAAUAUCAGCUCACGUCGUUGAAAAGAUAAUUUUGAAGACAUGUCUUGCUGAAAAAACAACUGAGAAAAAUUUUACGGAUGGGAUGAACACGCGCCAGUCAAAUUGACUACCUUCUGCAAUUUGAAUGUUAACAUUGCCCACUUGGUACAGUUACCUAGUGAUGUACCUGUUCUCACAAUACCCUAUUUCAUUGUGCUUGUCUUGAUUAAAGAAUUCAAAGUGGAGUACCGCAAACUUGAUAUGGAUAAUAAAAAGAAAGACAAAGACAAAUCAGAUGAUAGGAUGGCACGACCUGGUGGUCGGUCAGGACAUAGUACUCGUGGAACUGGGUCUUCUUCCUCUGGAGUUUUAAUGGUUGGACCUAACUUUAGAGUUGGCAAAAAAAUUGGAUGCGGCAAUUUUGGAGAAUUACGAUUAGGGAAAAAUUUAUAUACAAAUGAAUAUGUGGCAAUUAAACUGGAGCCCAUGAAAUCCAGAGCACCACAGCUACAUUUGGAAUACAGAUUCUACAAGCAGCUAGGAUCUGGAGAUGGCAUACCUCAAGUUUACUAUUUUGGCCCUUGUGGUAAAUACAACGCUAUGGUGCUGGAACUACUGGGACCUAGUUUGGAAGACUUGUUUGACUUGUGUGACAGAACAUUUUCCCUUAAAACAGUUCUCAUGAUAGCUAUCCAGUUGAUCUCCCGUAUGGAAUAUGUCCAUUCAAAGAACUUGAUAUACAGAGAUGUAAAACCUGAGAACUUUUUAAUAGGAAGACCAGGAAACAAAACCCAGCAAGUUAUUCAUAUUAUAGAUUUUGGUUUGGCAAAGGAAUAUAUUGAUCCAGAGACAAAGAAACACAUACCAUACAGAGAACACAAGAGCCUUACAGGAACAGCAAGAUACAUGAGCAUAAACACACAUUUAGGAAAAGAACAAAGUAGAAGAGAUGACUUAGAAGCUUUAGGUCACAUGUUCAUGUAUUUUCUGAGAGGCAGUCUUCCUUGGCAAGGUUUAAAGGCUGAUACAUUAAAAGAGAGGUAUCAGAAAAUUGGAGAUACAAAACGAGCCACACCAAUAGAAGUGUUAUGUGAAAAUUUUCCAGAAAUGGCAACAUACCUUCGUUAUGUAAGAAGACUGGAUUUUUUUGAAAAACCAGACUAUGACUACCUAAGAAAGCUUUUCACUGAUUUGUUUGAUCGAAAAGGAUAUAUGUUUGAUUAUGAAUAUGACUGGAUUGGUAAACAGUUGCCUACUCCGGUGGGUGCAGUUCAGCAAGAUCCUGCUUUGUCAUCAAACAGAGAAGCACAUCAACACAGAGAUAAAAUGCAACAAUCCAAAAACCAGUCGGCAGACCACAGGGCAGCUUGGGACUCCCAGCAGGCAAAUCCCCACCAUUUGAGAGCUCACCUUGCAGCAGACAGACAUGGUGGCUCGGUACAGGUUGUAAGUUCUACAAAUGGAGAGUUAAACACAGAUGACCCUACUGCAGGACGUUCUAAUGCACCCAUUACAGCCCCUACAGAAGUAGAAAUGAUUGAUGAAACCAACUGCCAGAAAGUGUUGAACAUGUGGUGCUGCUGUUUUUUCAAACGAAGGAAAAGGAAAACCAUACAGCGCCACAAAUGACUCUGGAGGCGGACAGAUCACGGGGAGUUACUUAUGUGUCCAUCUGCUGUCUUGUGAUUAAAAUCAUCUCUGUAGUGACCACAUAUAUUUUCAAGGACUCACUCUUAGAAACAAACAUGUCAUACUUUCGUACUUCAUCUUGUGGUUGUCUUACAUUCAUAUUUUUUUCUAAUUUACCUUUGAUGGAAGCUUUAAAGUUUUGAUGAAGCAUGAGUGCUUUGCCCAUCAAUGAGUGGAAUGGACCAAUGAGGUGGUAUUGAUGAGUAAGUUCUGCAGAACACUUCUCAGAAGCUCUCCUCCUGUUGUAGAAAGCAGUACAGUAUCUCAGAUGCCAACCAGUUAUAUACCAAUCUGGUUUUUUAUAACUUCCUUAACAGCAUAAUCAAACGAGAAUUUUCUCCAUGAUGGAUUUUAAAAAAAGAGAAUACAGAAUAGCCCAAGUAUUUAAAAGAAGUUCUAAGUUCAUUUUUUGUGUGUGACAUCAGCGUUGAUUUUAGUAUUACUGAUGGUACUGCUAUUCGUGAAUCAUAUUAGCAUUCUCUCUGUGAAAUCAUGGUACAAUCGCUGCCCAGAGGUACUGAGGAAAAAGCGCUAUGGUGUGGCAGAUGGUUGGUCGUGAUAAAACAAAUCACAAGUGGCAAGGAAAUAAGAGCUCCGCUUUUGUUACAUCCCACGUGAAGUAUAGUGUUGCCGAAGUGGCAAAAGUGCUUAUUUUUAAAAAUGCAAAAUAUUUGUAUAAUGUAACUUUAUGCUUCCAGGUAAUAAUGUAUGUUAGACAGCAAGAAAUGAAUACUUUUGAGAGAUGAGAUAUCUUGGCGGUUUUUUGUUUGUUUGUUUGUUUGUUUAAAUACACUAAGGAGAGGACGUAAAUGUGAAACUCAUUGCAGUGUGUAAGUUGAAAUCAAAGCAGAUCUCACUGAAACCUACCACAGAAUGAUUACAUUCUUCCGGAAGCAGAAGACUGGAUGUGCCAUGCAAUGGUGUCUGUUUAUUAUUUGCCCUUUGAUAAAGAAAAAUAAAAGGACCCUGUCUCAGCUCCCAGCAAUAAAACCUGGGUUUCUCUAUUGCCCUAUGUGCACAUUAGUUUCUUGUAUUCAACUUUGCUGGUUCUUUAGAAGUUUUCCUACUUUUUAGCAUAAUUUUGAUGAUCAGAAACUAUUUUGGAGAGGAUGGGUCAGGUGCUUUGCCUCCAGUCUGUCGAAGUGCCUGCACGUGAACAAAGUAAUGGUUCUGUCAAACAGGAAACCUAUUCCGCGUUUCCAGUAUGCUUUGUUUAAGCUGUACAAACACAGGUGUACUUCUGUCACAUUCUGCUAGCCAGUCUUUCGCAGAAAUGUUGAAAGGAAGGCUGGCUAGAAAGAUAAUUCUGUUGUUCGGAUCUCAUAGCUACCUUGGGCGUGUAAACCCGUUACUUCUACCUUCCAUGCAGACCUUCUUUGUCUUUUUAAGUGCGUGCCCUGGACAUGCUUAUUUAUUUUUAUUGUCUCAAAGUAACAUUUAAAAUGUGUAAUUAAAGUGAAUAAAUUUACAUUUUGACUUCAUUAUUCCAUUUACAGGGAUUUAAUUGUGGUUUGUAAUUUAUUUUCUUAUUAGCCAAAAGUUCACUGCAUUGUUUUUGAUUAAUUCGGCGCCCGUAUGAAUACUGCAAAUCAGGACAUUGUUUUUACUUGUUGCUCUGGAUCCUGAAUGAUCAUUUUAAGUUCUUGAUUUAAAAUACCUGCACUCAUUUGCUGUAUAAUUUGGUCACCAGUUUCCAUUCUAUUUGUAUACUGUCAUCAUGUCUUAAACUACAGGAGUUACAAGCUGAGUUUUUAUUUUUGUUUGCUUUGAGCAAGGUAGAUGGAUGUUUUGGCCAUUAUAAUGUGAAACCACUUCUUUCUUUACAGUAUUUGACCAAAUUUGUGUGUCUAUGAUGUUUGUAAAUACAUGCGAUAUCUGUAUUUCUUAUCAUAAGCCUAUUUAGUUUUAUUCUCAGUAGGGUUUUUGGACUGUACAGUGUUUAUAUGAUCUGAACUCCUUAUACAUAAGAAGGUGUGUAUAUUAAUCCAAUUAUGGACUUAAAAUAUUUUAAAAGUAUAAGUACCCUUAUUUGCUGCAAAGACCAGUGUGUAGACAUUUGCUUUUUAGCAAUAUUUUUAAGUGCUCCAUUUUAACGCCAAGGAAUAAACCUACUGGCAACACAAACUGGUCAAUAAUAGGUAAUGCAGGUAUGUUCAGGUUAAGCCAACGAUGUUUUGCAUUUUUAUGCUUCUUUUCUGUCGACACUAAUGAAGUCAACAUUGCCUGAAUGUCUGAAUAAUGAAACACAUCCCUGUUUAAAAGUAUGUAACUGAAAAAGAAAUAAAAAAUAAAGGUAGUUUUUUUUAAACUUGCUCUUUCCCCUUUCCUCUAAUCGUGGGUAAAAUAAUGCCACUCACUAAUUUAAGGUAGGAAUAUUUCAAAUUCAUUUAGUUUAGUACAUGUGAGAAGCAGAGCUAAAGGAAUGUGCUUUUGUUUUCUGUUUUGUUGUUUUGAUUUAUUGGAACCCCACUGAGAAAAGUCCACAUGCAAAAGGAUCUAAGCUGUCUUUUAACAAAGGUAACUACUCUCUGAACU